CGUACAUGGAGGAUCGUCGGGAUGUCACUCUUCCACCGCCUGAGCCAGCAAUCCCGGCAUUUGUACUGCCUCCUCUCCCUCCUUUGACGGUUGACUUGGAUUCCAUUCACGGUCGUCGUAGACAACGGCCUACACCACGCCAGCCUCGCCAGCGGCCAGAUCAGCCUAUACCGCCCCCUGUGUACUAUCAUUACGAUGCAGGAGAGAGCUCGCAGACACGACAGAACUAUUGCGGGCCUACUCAGUUUCAGGGUGACGGUUCACAGUUUCAGCAGCACUCGCAGGUCCCUCCGACCUCAUCGUUUCCGGUACCACCGUCAUCCGGGCCGUUCUUUUACUCCUCUGAACAGACGCCGUAUACCACUCAUCUGACAGAGCCGGCUCAGUAUCGACAGGCUACACCACCCCCAUUUCAGGCACCUCAGCAUGGUCAACCUUCUACCCCCUCUGAUCAGGGUUACCGGCCCGUGUUUUCUUGGCUCGAUCAACCGUCAGCGUCACAUUCGCGUCCCUCCCCUUCCACCCCGGUCGCGGAUCCGUCGCAGAUGUUUUUUUCGAUAUCAGAGGCUUGGUUGAACAAUCCAGGUCUCGGGGAGGGGGGCUCUUUCGAGGCGUUACAGUCCGGUAGUAUUCAGUUUUCGGGUCCGUCCUUCAGCCUCCUUCCGCAGUCACAGGAGGCACCGACUACUGCACCGGCUGCAGAUGAUCAGGAGCUAUCCCUAGACGAUGAUCACGAGAGCGAGGGCGCGCCAGGUGACAGACCGGGUGAUAGACAGUAUCGCGAUCUUACUGAGAGCAGUCUGCGCCGCAGGCAAGAUAUGGGGUACGAUAUGAGGACUCAACUGGAGAAGAACACUAGAUAUCGAGAUUAUUUAUGAUUUUGUUAUUUUUGUAGACACUUUAAAUUUUGUAAUCCUACUUUAUUUUAUCGACUAUUCCGUAUUAUUAUAUCGUUCAUCAUUUUA